AUUGAUUGAUGUGUUGUGUCACGGGUGAAAAUGUAUUUUCCUUGUAUAUUGACUGUUCUAUGAUUAUUGACAAUUAAUAAAAAGACCUUUGAAAGAAAAAAAAAAAAAGACAUUCUUUGCAGUGAGCUGUGGCGCCCUCUGCUGGCACAUUACGCACAGGUGGAUGAUGCUAAUUAUUUGUAUUAUACAGAUUAAGUGCAGCACAAGUUAUGCGCAACAACAACAACAACAACAACAAAAAAUCUCUCAACUCUUUUGUUUCAAAAACAUCUCCACAGUCACAGUCAGUGCAGUGACAUCAGCAACAGUCUGGAUAUUACAUGUGUAAAUCAUCAUGGAGCUAUAAAGACGCGUUAUGAUGAUGAUGAGAGUGUUUUUGAUGGUAUAUGGGCGGAUCUCCAGGGUCACACCUUCUCCAACCAGCUGUGCGUGAUGAUGAGUCCCUCCUGACUGCUUCAGCCGCUGACAAUAAAAAAAACCCUCCGAGCGACGACGUUAAGUGAGACAAAUUGGGGGACAAUUUCAACAGCUCUAAUUGGAGAACUUGACAGGGUCCACUGGGCAUGCUCCAUCUCCAUCUGAUCUGAGAGCACAGAGCUGCACGGUGUGAAGAACAGGCAGACAUUUGGGCGUUUUUUUUUAGGAGGUUUUUGUCGCCUUCUCAUCUCUAGCACAGAAAAAUAUCCUGCCUUCAAAUUGGGUGUUUUUUCUUAUCAGCGAUGCGUAGAGGACAGGGAAAGUUCCUGAUGAGCAGGAGAGCAUCUGUGUGUCUGUGCUGAAAACAAAAGAGCUGCCGUGUGUUGUUAAACGCAGAGCUGAGCGUCGGUGUGAAGGAGGUGAGGAGUCUGUAGGCAGCAACAGAGGAGGAGGAUACUGGAGGGAAGCUGCGUCUCCAUCAGAGGAGAGAGAAACUGCUGUUGGCUGGACCGGACGGACAGGCGCUGUCCGCUCAGCACCACCGCAGUCACCUUGCUGUGAAAGUCACAAAGCUGCUCAUCUGAUCAAUUAACCUCAAGCAACUUGGUGGGGAGUCCAAAGAGCUGGAUCUGCUCUGCUGGCAGGUUUUUUUUUAUCUCGACAUCUUGGAUUUACAGACGAUAUGUGACGUCCAUUCUUAAUGUAAUGCCAUUGGCUGCAAAUCAUUUUUUGGAAUUGUCGAUUUCAUCCCCUCCAGUGAGUCCUGCAGCUAUAAUCCUCCAGUUUGCAUGACAGGUGUUUUGUAGAAAAAAACACAGCCAGGGUUUAGAUUUCUUUCAUAUAGUUGGUGAGAAACGACAGGUAGGUGCGGUUCCUUUCUGUGCAUGUUUGGUGCACCCUGUAGACUUGCCUUUGCGAUGAAGAAGGGAACUUAUUGGAGAAAUGCCUAAGGGACGCAAUGGGCCUGAGCGACGACAAGGAUCGCAUUGUGAUAAACGUGGGAGGGAUCAGACAUCAGACAUACCGCAGCACCCUGCGCACCCUACCUGGCACCCGGCUGUCCUGGCUGGCCGAGCCUGAUGCACCCAACCACUUUGACUAUGACGCCAAAGUCGAGGAGUUCUUCUUCGACCGCCACCCGGGCGUGUUUGCGCACAUCCUCAACUACUACCGGACAGGUAAGCUGCACUGCCCGGCUGAUGUGUGCGGGCCUCUGUAUGAGGAGGAGCUGGCCUUCUGGGGGAUUGAUGAGACGGACGUGGAGCCGUGCUGCUGGAUGACCUACCGGCAGCACCGGGAGGCGGAGGAGGCCCUUGAUAGUUUCGGCGGGGGGGGCCUGUUAGACCUGGGGAAUGAUGAUGCGGAGCCCGAGCUGGAGCACGCUACCGAGGACGAUGUGGAUGAGAUGACGAGGAGGCUGGCGCAGGGAGACACUCAUGACACCAGGACUGGGAGCCUGUGGAGCCGCUGGCAGAAACAUGUGUGGGCUCUGUUUGAGGACCCUUACUCCUCUAAAUAUGCAAGGUGGGUGGCUCUGGCCUCGCUGUUCUUUAUCCUGGUGUCCAUCACCACCUUCUGUCUGGAGACCCACGAGGCCUUCAACCCCAUCAUCAACCGCACCGAGGUGGAGGUGGUGGACAACGUCACAUUGGUGCACACCUACCAGGAGACUGAGACUGCGCUCUACCUCACCUACAUCGAAGGCGUCUGCGUGGUGUGGUUCACUUUUGAGUUUCUAAUGCGAAUAACUUUCUGCCCGAACAAAUGUGACUUCAUUCGGAACGCCCUGAACAUCAUCGACUUCGUGGCCAUCCUGCCCUUCUACCUGGAGGUCGGCCUCAGCGGGCUCUCCUCCAAGGCGGCAAAGGACGUGCUGGGUUUCCUGAGAGUGGUCCGCUUCGUGCGGAUCCUGCGUAUCUUCAAGCUCACCCGUCACUUUGUGGGGCUGAGGGUGCUGGGCCACACACUGAGGGCCAGCACCAACGAGUUCCUUCUCCUCAUCAUCUUCCUCGCCCUCGGCGUGCUCAUCUUUGCUACUAUGAUCUACUACGCUGAACGGAUUGGAGCCAACCCUAACGACCCUCGAGCCAGCGAGCACACGCACUUCAAGAACAUCCCGAUUGGAUUCUGGUGGGCCGUGGUGACCAUGACGACCCUCGGCUAUGGAGACAUGUACCCUCAGACGACCUCCGGUAUGCUGGUCGGAGCCUUGUGCGCCCUGGCGGGCGUGCUCACCAUUGCCAUGCCUGUACCUGUGAUUGUCAACAACUUUGGAAUGUAUUACUCUCUGGCCAUGGCGAAACAGAAACUACCAAAGAAAAAAAACAGGCACAUCCCUCGGGCACCCCAACCAGGCUCUCCAAACUUCUGUAAGUCGAGCAUGAGCUCCCAACAACCGAGCCCCAUACCCCACGACGACGUUUUCGAGAUAAAGUUUCAAGAUUCCAAGCUGAACGGCGAGGCGGCUAACGCAGCUCUGGCCAACGAAGACUGCCCUCACAUAGACCAGGCCAUAUCUCCGGAGGAAAUCUUCAGCCCCAGCGAGAGAGAGCGGCCCUGCUUCCUGGUCACCACAGCUGAACGCCCCAACCACACAGGGGGCAGAGUGAGGAGGGAGACCCAGCGACAGCACCGGAGCAGACAACCAACAGAGUCAGUUUGUGUUAUGAACCAUGGUGUCCCAACCACUAUGUGUAUGACCCAUAAUGGCCCAUCACCCACCUGAGAGUGCUGUAGCAUUGUUCUGUGUAUUACUUAGUCUUUUUAAAUGGGUGUGACAGUGACAACCUGUACAUCUGAAACUCAGCAUAGAUGUAGCACUGAGGACGUUUUGUUGUCAAGCCUUAUGUAGCUCAGCAUCUGUGACUGGUUACUGUGUUGUAAUUUUUUGUGUGCCUAUCUUUUCAGUGUGUGCCAGUGCUGUAAAUACGCUUUUUAUGUGCCAAAGUUGUGUGUACCAAUGUUUUUUGAGUGAUCAUCAAAAUAUAUGUGUGCUUCUUCUGUUGAAAGAAAAAAAAAUGUUGCUCCGAUUUUAAAUCACCCAGCAAAAAAGAAAAAAAAACACCUGUCACAUGUCAUGAACAGCCAGACUAAACACUUGGAAACAAAUCGAUGACUUUGCACUGUCAUCGUCACAUCUUUGUAGACUUUUGCACUGUUUUGCACCAGUGGACUUUUUAACAUUCUUUUGAUAUGUUUUCAGGCAUCAAAGAGAUAACAUCCACAAAACUAAUAAUAAUAAUAAAAAAAACUUGUAUUAAUGAGGCAUUAAAAUGGCAAAGUGUGCUGUUAAGAUUUGGAAAAUAAUCGUUUGGUUAAUCAAAUCUUACAUAGAGUUAUUCAGAAAGGAAUAAUAGAUAUUCAACAUUCAUUAAAUGUUGAUAUGUCUUCAAAUGUAGCAAUAUAUAAAGCUUAUAUAUAAAAUGCAUUAACUCAUAUCACAGCUCAGAUAUUCAUUACUAUUCUGUCUUACAUUUUAAUUGACAAUCAUGUAGAAUUGGAUUCUUUUUCUGCACACAUGCAAAUUGGCAUAUUAGUAUGCAAAACUAACCAAUGCCAAAACAUUACACACAUACUGGACAAGUGCCUCUGUUAUGCAAAUUCUUCGCACCAUUCAGGACUACAUAACUUAACCAACAUGAUGAAUUAAUGUAUAUUUUAUUUGACAUUAGUCAUCAGUCACCAGCCAUUGAAAACAAGCAUCAGUUCAAAACUCAAAGAGCACAAAGAUUCAAUAAGGACCCCCAUACAGAUCAGCUUCAAGCAAUGAGCAUACCUAAUUAAAACAUUAAGGAGAGCCAUUGUGUACAGAGUACGGCUUCAUGGUUUGUGUGGAAAAGUUAGUGAGAAGGGACCAACUUUUUACCAAACAACUGCAAACACACUGCCAACAAGCCUGCUGAGAUCUGUGUGCAGUCAGGUACAGCAGAGCUGAAUCUGCCAACAGAGCUGAGCACAAAUGAGGGGACGGGGGGAUGGUAUGCUGGUCAUUGUCCGACGACGCGGAACAAAAACAAUAAACAGCAGCUGUUGUUAAGCGGACCCAAUAACUAAGCAACUAAGAGGCAACUCAUGUGCCGUCUAGUGAGACUUGAGAGUGUGUGUUUUUGAACACCGUGCAUUUUGUGGUUAGUUAUCUCAAUAAGGUGUUCAGUGAUCGUUUUGAUUGCUUUUGUUGUUUCGGGAUUUUUUGUGUCUUUUUUCACCGAUACAGUUCAGGCUUGUACAAUAAAUAGUAAUAAAUAAAACAAACACAGAAAUGA